UUCAACCCCAGUCUCGCCCCCCCGCCCCCGGCGCCCAUUCACACCGUUCCCUCUCAUUCUAUUCUCUCUCCAAGGAUUCCAAAAAUGGCCUUCUUCCACGGCGCCGCAACCAUCGCCGUAUCUCUGCUCGCAUUCUUGACCCUCGCCGACGCCCGGAUCCCCGGGGUCUACGCAGGCGGACAGUGGCAGACGGCCCAUGCCACCUUCUACGGCGGCAGCGACGCCUCCGGCACCAUGGGAGGGGCGUGUGGGUACGGGAAUCUGUACAGCCAGGGGUAUGGGGUGGAGACGGCGGCCCUGAGCACGGCGCUGUUCAAUGAGGGGCUGAGCUGCGGGGCGUGCUUCGAGAUCAAGUGCGCGGACGACCCCAGAUGGUGCCACCCGGGGAGCCCCUCCAUCUUCAUCACCGCCACCAACUUCUGCCCCCCUAACUACGCCCUCCCCUCCGACAAUGGAGGCUGGUGCAACCCUCCACGGCCCCACUUCGACCUCGCCAUGCCCAUGUUCCUCAAGAUCGCCCAGUAUCGCGCCGGCAUCGUCCCCGUCUCUUACCGCAGGGUGCCGUGCCGGAAGUCGGGGGGGAUCCGGUUCACCAUCAACGGGUUCCAGUACUUCAACCUGGUGCUGAUCACCAACGUGGCCAGCGCCGGCGAUAUCGUCCGGGUGAGCGUGAAGGGGUCGAGGACGGGGUGGAUGCCCAUGUCCCGGAACUGGGGGCAGAACUGGCAGUCCAACGCCGUGCUGGUGGGCCAGUCCCUCUCCUUCCGCGUCACCGCCAGCGACCGCCGCACCUCCACCUCCUGGAACAUCGUCCCCGCCAACUGGCAGUUCGGCCAGACCUUCGCCGGCAAAAAUUUCCGGGUCUAAUUUACCUAUCAUGGAUUUAUGGGCAAUUGCAGACAUGGUGGUCGGACUGGGGUUUCAAAUUUCCCGCCAUGUCAUGCUCUGGUGUCUUUCUUUUUCUAGGCGCCAACUUUUAGGCUCUGUUAGUAGUGCUCACCGGGUUUGGGUUACUGAGGCAAGGGUUUUGGAUGGUAGUCGUGAAGAAAGGAGAGGGCGGGACUUUCAUGUUUUGAUUGACCGUUAGCUCGUGAUGUUACUGAACGUAGUGGGAUUAGCGCGAGCGUAGGGCGCAGCAGCGGCUGAAGUGGCUGCAGGCCAAAAGAAUGAUUGCCAGUAGCCCGCAGCUGCUUAUAUGUAAUAUCUGAUCAUAGCAUGAUGGUAAUAUAUAUGUCGAUUGAGAUGUAGUUUGAUAUACAUAGAUAUGAACAAGUUCUGAGGGGAAGAACUAGAUUU